AUGAUCCAGAAGAACCGCAAUGUGGCCGUCACACCUCCGAAUGAAAACGCCCCAGUCUUGUCUCUUUUCGAUAAUGGAGUGUUAGGUUUUCGAAGAUCAGACGCGUCUCCGCCAAAUAUCACUUUGUAUAGCAGCACAAGUCGGGACUGGGAAAAGAUUCGCUACGAUCUCUUGGCCCUAUUACCAUCGCAGAGCACACUAGAAAGGCUCGGUGAAGCCAACAGCUGCUGGUGGCUAGUCCGCGCCCAGUGCUUCAAAGACUACGAGAAAUCCCUUCUUUCAAGCUCGCGGGUGGCCCUUUCAGACUUUCACCCCGCUAUGACGGCCAAAGCCCUUUUAUGGGUGGCGAUCUGUCUCCAGCAACUUCCACGAGGCUUCGACGUUGACUCAUUAGAACUUGGAUGUUCUCCGAAUGGACUCAUCGCGAAAUGCAUCAACAUUGUUGCAAUGUCUAUUAGCUCCGACGAGACAUUGAUAAUGAACAUUGAUGGACUAGAAUGUUUAGUUCUUCAAGGGAUAUUCUACAACAAUGAUGGGAAAUUACGGAGUGCCUGGUUGUCUUAUCGCCGAGCCCUCAACGUAGCUCAAAUUAUCGGGCUCCAUCGCCUUGCACCGGAGGCAGCGCAAGACUCUGAAUCUACAUCACGAGCAAGGCAUAUCUGGAAUCACAUCAUAUAUGCCGACCGAUACCUUUCUUUAAUGCUCGGCAUGUAUCAUGGCAUUACGGAUGUGGCGUUGGAUUCCCAGUGCGGCCUAAGCGAGAAACCAAAUACCUCUAUGGAUCUCCUUUGUUGCAUAGCUGGAUCUAUUAUUGAACGGAAUCAAAGGCUUACUCAGGUUACUCCUGCGAUGGCCUUUACUGCUGCCGUCACUCUUAUGAUCAAUCUCCUAGGACCAAAGGGGCGACCUCGGUCCAGCUCUGAUGACUGGCUCGCCGUUGAGGGCGUUAUGGCAAUCCUGGAGAAAUUGGCCGAGGGACAACCCCCUGAUAAGGUAGCAACUCGUGGACUUGUUGUCCUCCAGACACUCAAGGAUGUUGCGAGAGGAAAUAAACCGACACAAAUUGGCGCUCCAGAAGGACUCUCCACGGAUGACAAAGAACCCGGUCGCAUCAAAAUUGACAUCCCAUACUUCGGUACUAUUAGCCUUGUUUGCGGUAUGCGCAGUGAUCCUUCAGAGCAACAGGAGCCGGAUAAUGUUCCACCACAUCCGCUGUUAUUCGAUACUGGGAUUGCUGUCAAUACUGCGCCGUCGUCACAGAUGGGGAUCAUUCCAGAGCUGAGCACCACACAGGUCCAGUUCACGGACAUUGUGCAUUGGCCUGAAACCCGCUUGGAAAUAGGACCUAACGACAUUUGGACGUUUGGUACAGGACUGGCCGCAUCACCUCCGUUCCUACCUGACUUUGGAGAUGACUGGGACUUAGGAUUCUAA